AUGGGUAUCAACGAGAUGAUCCAUAACGCCAACAUGGCCGUGGCGCGCUCCUUUGUGGGCAGACGCUUCCGGCUGGAUGGCUCCGGUCACCCCAAGGAACGAAAGGGAUCAUAUUUCUUCACCGAAAUCCGUGCCGGCCUAGCAACGUUUUUCGCAAUGGCCUACAUUAUUUCAGUCAACGCGACCAUCGUCUCCCAGUCGGGUGGCACUUGCGUUUGCCCGCCCGACAGCCCCGACUUGUGCGACAGCGACCCCGACUACAUGAUCUGUGUCGCCGGUGUCCAGCGCGACUUGGUCACCGCCACCGCCGCAAUUUCUGCCCUCACCACGUUUUGCAUGGGUCUCUUCGCCAACAUGCCCAUUGCUCUGGCGCCAGGCAUGGGCCUGAACGCCUAUUUUGCCUAUACUGUGGUUGGAUAUCACGGAUCCGGGCUCGUACCAUAUGAAGUUGCUGUCACGGCUGUCUUCGUGGAAGGAUUCGUCUUUGUGGGACUCACCAUCUUCGGUCUUCGACAGUGGCUGGCCCGCGCCAUUCCAGCCUCCAUCAAACUCGCCACUGGUGUUGGCAUCGGCUUGUAUCUGACGUUGAUCGGCUUGACGUACAGUGCUGGCAUUGGCGCCGUCACAGGCGCACAAGCUACCCCUCUCGAGUUGGCGGGCUGCAAGCCUGAGUUCCUGGACGAAACCGGGGUUUGCCCAUCAGCCUACAAGAUGCGCAACCCUACCAUGUGGAUCGGGAUCUUCUGUGGUGGUCUCUUCACGGUCUUGUUGAUGCUUUUCCGCGUCAAGGGUGCUAUCAUCUUCGGGAUCUUGCUUGUCAGCAUCAUCUCUUGGCCUCGAGGAACCGAAGUGACCUACUUCCCGUAUACCGACUUGGGAGACAGCAUGUUUGAUUUCUUCAAGAAAGUCGUGACCUUCCAUCCCAUUGAAAAGAUCCUAGUGGUGCAGGAAUGGGACAUUUCUGGGUAUGGCGGUCAAUUCGGCCUCGCCUUCAUUACAUUCCUCUACGUCGACAUCUUGGACUGCACCGGUACUCUCUACUCGAUGGCCCGUUUCUGCGGAGCUAUCGAUGAAAAGACACAAGACUUCGAGGGUUCAGCUGUCGCCUACUUGGUCGACGCGUUCGGAAUCUCCAUCGGUGCCUUGUUCGGAACACCCCCAGUCACAGCAUAUAUUGAGUCCGGUGCCGGUAUCUCCGAAGGCGGCGCGACAGGGCUGACGGCGAUGACCACUGGGCUGUGCUUCUUCAUUUCAAUUUUCUUCGCACCCAUAUUUGCAUCCAUCCCACCAUACGCCACAGGAUGCGUGCUGAUCAUUGUCGGGUCGUUGAUGGCCAAAGCUGCCGCAGAUAUCAACUGGCGCUACAUCGGCGACGCGGUUCCUGCUUUCCUGACCAUCGCCAUCAUGCCGUUUACUUACUCGAUCGCCUACGGCUUGAUUGCCGGCAUCAUCAGCUACAUCGUCCUGAACACCGUUGUCUGGAUCGUCGAGAAGAUCUCAGGAAACCGCAUCAGGCCCGCAGAUAAGGAAUACAAGGACCCCUGGACGUACAAGAUCGAGGGCGGCUUGUUGCCCCCGUGGCUCGUGCGCGCGGCAAAGGGCAAGAAGGAUUUCUGGAGGCCGUACGAGGAUCUGGAGCACAACAGCGACAGCCAUCCUGCCGGCAUGACGUUGGAAGGCAAGGAAGAGCAUGCCAUGGCGGGAGGCAAGGGGUCCAUGGGUGAGAACAUCCGGAGCGGGAGUUCGUCCGAAGAGGGUGGUGAAAAGGUGAAGUUGUGA